UUAUGAUUGAUCCUGGAUUGGAUGUACACAAAGCUACUGCGUUCUAGUACAUUUAAUUGAAGCUUCUAAAUAAUCAAUGUAUCAUAUCAUUGUAACUCAGGAUAGAUAAUUUUCCGGCCUUCAAGUGUUACUUAAAAAAAGAACAAUUGACAUAUUGUAAUAUGUAAAGAUAUUUGUUAGAGUAGAAAAAUCUCUUGCGAAGUUUUGUAGAAAUUGUGCACAUUUCUCUUAAGCAAACCUAUCACAUUAAAGUUAUGUAUAUAAACGCGUUUAGAGUAUGUGCAUUCUGGAUAUGUAUUAUCAGCAUGCUUCAUCUUGAACUGGCAGAGGAACCUGUAUGCACAUCACGAUUUGAUUAUGAUCUAAAGAUCGUUGAAAAAUUUUACGAAAUGGAUCAGAAAAUCAAAAGGGCUGAAGAAGAAAUACGAAGGCAACGGCAGCUUAUUGACAGAUUUUCCACUGAUGGUGAAGUUUUUAUCUUUAUAGGGAGUGGUUCAGUGUAUGUUAGAUGGGGCCGAAACAUAUGUCCAGAACAUGCAGCGGUUAUAUACAACGGCUACGUCGCUGGAAAGAAAUACGAUGACGAAGGUGGUGGGAGUGAUUCCUUGUGUCUUCCCUCUGAUCCAGUUUGGUCUAACUAUAGUGAUGGGGAUGACAGAAACAGGGGAUUCAUUUACGGGACAGAAUUUGACGAGGAGGGUGUCAAUAUAUUUGGUUACUCGGUUCUUCAACAAGACGUCCCAUGUGUCGUCUGCAAAACCCAAAAGUCAGCACUUGUCAUGGUCCCGGCAAGGGCCAAAUGCUAUCCUGGUUGGAAAGAGGAAUACAGUGGAUAUCUCAUGUCGGCUUAUCGUUCUCACCCCGGACCUCAUAACCAUAUCUGUGUGGACAGUGAUCCAGAGUUCAUACCUCGCGGUAGCAAUAAUGAUAAUGAACAUAUUUUAUAUCUCAUGGAAGCUCGAUGUGGUUCACUACCUUGUCCGCCUUACGUUGAAGGAAGAGAGCUUCCCUGUGUUGUCUGUUCUGCCUAACUACAACAUCAUGUAAUUGACAUAAUAUUCCACUACAUUGUUAGACUGAAAAAGGGUUAACUUAUUAAAGUAGGAAGUAGUAUAAUUCACCUUCGACCGUGAGAAAAGUCUUCUGUAGUUGCCAACGAGAGUAAAUUUCAGCGUUGUUGUUAUUUUUGUUUAACUUUGCAACACGUGCCAAAAUGUAUUUGUAUCGAAAUAUUAUAAAGUAACACCUAAAUGAGAAUUAAUGUUACUAUAGUGUAACUCAAUCUUUAGAUAUCAGAGCUAGUUGUAAACACUACCUACUUCAACGGCCAAACUGUUUGACUUUCUAACUUUAAUUCAAGCUACCGUCUAGUUUGACAUUAAGACAUAAGCUUGGCUUUUCUUCUUAUGUCUAACAAUAUUUCUAUUAUUAGUAAAGACAGUGAUAAGCAGCUCCAUACAAAGGUACAAUGUAGGAAGCAAAGUGUUCAAUAAAGGCUGCUGAUGUAUCAGCGAGUGUUAUAUUGACGCAUCAAAACGAUUGCUUUCCAUAGUAUGUAUGAUUAACUUGGUAAUGUGACGUACCUAAACACACGCUACCAAUAAAACGCAGUUUUGUCUGAAAUUCAACGCCUUCAUGUUCAAUGUUUUUUUCAUCAUGAAUUAAAAAAUCAGUCUCAAUAUCAAGGUUCGUCGAAGCAAAUGCCCAUGGACAUUGUACAGACAUGUCAAAGUAACAUCAAUUUUGAUCCCAUAUGUGACCUUGACCUAUACUUUAGAAUAUUGCUUGGAAUUUAGCACAUAUUUACAAAAAUGUAGAUCAACAUGAUGUUAAUAAUAUAUUUAAAUUUCAAUUAUAACGAAUUUCGCAAAAUGUAUAUUUUAUUAAAUUUUCUACGCCAUCCCAUUCAAAUAAAGAUCAAAAUGUGUUUUUAGAACACGAGUGGAUACCAUUUAUAAGAAUACAGAGGUGUAGAUAUGGAAACUGUUUAAAUAUCAUACAGAUAUGAAAGUCUCAUUUAGAUAGUGCACUAUAACGACGUUUUUUUUUCUAUUUUCAUCAUUAUCAAUUUCUUCCCCUAAGAAAUUUUCUCUCUAGUUUGUAUAUUCUAGACAUUUUUGUGACUUUUCAAAAAUGAUUUGAACUCGUUAAAUGAAUAAAUGUUUAUGACUGCAUA